AUGAGUCCAAGAGAAAUCCUACUCAAACUCAUGAACAUGAUGAUUAAAGACCAGUUGAAGAAGUUGCUUUCUGAGCUUGGACAUUUCUUCCAUGGUUUUACGGCUCCAAGCAUUUUCGUGGCAGAUUUCCACUGGGCUUGUAGAAAGUUUAAAGCAAUGCAAGGCAUGAGCGACAGUCAAACUUCUUUUAGUUCUGGGAGCGGCACUGGAGGUGGAAGAGAGAUAUUGGUGCAGCAUUUGCUUGUUAAAGGAGAUGACCUCAAGCUUUUGUUGGAGCUUCAACAGAGAAUUUCAGGAGGAGGAGAGGAUUUGAGUGACCUUGCAGUGGAAUACUCAUUAUGUCCAUCCAAAGAAGAAGGGGGAAUGCUUGGCUGGGUUAGAAAAGGGCAGAUGAUAGACGAAUGGACUUUACUCACAUUUGAGACACCAAAGGUACCAGAAUUUGAGGAAGCUGCUUUUAGUGCCCCUUUGAACAAAAUUGUUAGAUGUAAAACUAAAUUUGGGUGGCAUUUGUUGCAAGUUCUUUCUGAGAGGGAAGAAUCUCUACUUGGAGAAAUUCAAGCAGAUGAACUUCAUGUAAAAAUGCAAGAUCCUACAUUUGCCGAACAAGCUCAGUUGAUUGAUGUUCGAGAACCAGAUGAAGUGGACAAAGCUUCUUUGCCAGGUUUUGAAGUACUUCCCCUUCGGCAGUUUGGAACCUGGGGACCAGAAGUUACUACCAAGUUUGAUCCUGAGAAGGAUACUUAUGUUAUGUGUCACCAUGGGAUGCGGUCACUACAGGUUGCUAGGUGGUUGCAGUCUCAGGGUUUCAAGAGAGUAUUUAAUGUUUCUGGGGGCAUACAUGCAUACGCUGUCAAGGCUGAUUCAUCAAUUCCUACUUACUGA